AUCUACCUGAGAGUCAGACGAGAGGGGAGGGCUGCGGAUUUAAGGCGCACAGUAGCUUUCCGCACCAGCACGGCGCAGUUGACGCUCACAGCUCCGUAUGUGCGCAAAAGCCGAGUUCUGAAGAAGACCCACUUGCUCAAGCGAUCAGUUCAAUGGCAACGAGCGUAGGACUGGCCAUGAAUCCGCCGCACGCCACCGAAGAGAGGGCCGUGUUCACGCAGCUGAAGCCGGUGAGGCUGUCGGGAGCGGACGGCGCCGAGGACGCAUCCGUGUUUGACGACGUCAAACCUGCGGUUCAGCUAGAUUUGGACAAAUACCUGCAACUAGUCAAUAAUCCUGUUUUGACAACACCCGCUGACACCAGUGACAAGAAGUACAGACGCGAGAGCGCCUCUGUGGUGGACGAAUACUUCUCGGAAGACAAAAUGGUCGCCCCUUACAGCCUCAACGUCAACCUCAUACUCCCCAGCACCAACCAUCUGCGCACGGGUCUCUAUCGGCCCAACACCAAGACCCUCACCCCCCAGCAGAUCAAGACGGAGCCCGGGCUGGAGGUGCCCUGCUCCGUCCCCACCACUCUCACCCAGGCUUUGCCAGACUUCACCUCUGUCUUCAGCAUGACGCCAGUGGGCAGCAGCGUCUUCAUCAAGCCAGACAUGGCCUCCGGGGGAGUGGUCAGCGCGUCCGUAGGGUCCCAGCAACAGCAGCAGCAGCCGCAGCAGCCGAGCUUGGACGCAGAGCUUCAGAUCGGACCCCCGGCCCCCCAACCGCAGGUCUACAUGCCCAUCACCAGCUGCGCUGACCUUUCCACGUCCCUGUCGCACAGCAGCCCCUUAGCGCACGGCUCCGCCGGCACCAGGAACAUUUUGAACCUCGGCAGCGCCCCGGUGCCCACCAACAACGGCAAUUACAUGAUGGCAGAACACCAGCUGCAACCGCACCACGGCUUCUACCAGGCCACUCCCAACGCAUCCCAGCACACGGCGCCGCACAGCCUGCCGCCCUCACCUCCCAACUCCCAGCCGGGGAGCCCAGACGGCCAGCCGGAGCUGCUGAGCCUGGCGCCCCAGCUGCCGCCCCCGUACCAGCAGCGCCUGGGGGGCAUGAAGGUGACCGGGUUGUCCCCCCAUGCCUUGCUGAUGACACACGGCCAAGGUGUGCUGACGGGUCCAAAAUAUAACAGGCGGAACAACCCGGAGCUGGAGAAGAGGAGGAUCCACUACUGUGACUACCAAGGAUGCACCAAAGUGUAUACAAAGAGCUCGCAUCUGAAGGCACACCAACGGACACACACAGGGGAGAAACCGUACCGCUGCACGUGGGACAACUGCGACUGGCGCUUCGCCCGGUCCGACGAGCUGACCAGGCACUACCGGAAACACACCGGGGCCAAACCCUUCAAGUGCAUCUCCUGCAGCCGCUGCUUCUCGCGCUCCGACCACCUGGCCCUGCACAUGAAGCGCCACCAGAACUAAGUCAGACACCAAAAAGAAAGCAGCCGGCCGAACCGUGAUGUGGAAGAACAGAAGAGGACAUGCACUCAUCCGCGUUCGACCUGAUGCAAACGUUAGAGAGAUUUGAUCAUUGAUUGGAAGUAGGACAAGUGAGAUUUUUACGGUAAAGGUCUGAUUCCACUGCAUUAGUUGAACGCUAUCACUAGGCCUGCAUUACUUCCAGUCCUGCCAGCACGACUGUGGGGUCCUGCUCUUACACAUGAGCUCCUUGUUUCCUCACCAGCCUGCUGCCAACUUCAUCAUCCUCAACAUGUUUGCAUGAACUUUAAAACGUCUGGCUUCUGUACAGAUCUGUGUGCAUAUGUGACUUCAUUCCAGUGUCUGUAAUUACAAUGAAUGUAUAAUGAUUUAUACUUGAGCUUUUGUUUUUUGUACGAUUGUUAGUAUGGGUAAUGCUUCCUGGUGAUACACCCCCCCUCCCAUUCAGUGUCUCAAAGAAAGAGCAAACAAAUAAUGAAACUCAAUCGCAGCGCCCUCUGAGGAAAAGUUAAUAAUCGCCUAGUUAUACCUGCUUCAACGCAGGUAAAACCCAUCGAGGUCCGAGAGCGCUGCAAUUUGCCAAUGUUUGUAUCCGUGACAUUACCUGUUGCCACGGUGACCAAGCCCCUUUUGACAGAGUGCGAUUUUCUUCCAGUUCAUAUUCAACACUGUUAUUUACCACUUUUGUUUCUGACACAGCAAUGGGUGGAUCUCAUAUAAUCGCUCCUGAUUGUUCUAAUGAACAGAGCGUCUUAAUUGGAUUAACUGCUGGUUGGAUGACAUAAUAACCAGUUGUGGCGUCCUCAUUCUUUUGGGGUUAUGAAAAGUUUUUUUUUUUUUUUUGGCAGCUCAGGAUACGCACACGUUUGUACAGCGGUGCAACUUUUACGUAAGCCAACAAGACAAAUUACAACCAGGGAGCAGUUUGAUGAGGAGGUUGGUGGUAAAAGCUGAGCUGGACCUCAUUUUAAAGCUACUUCUACUCUUGUGUACUAUUAUGAACAAACAGUAUAGAGAUCAAACAUAUGUGGUUAACAGAACUGCCACAGCUGUGAGAUUUUAUGUCCAGUCAGCAGCGAUGCACUCCUGAUCCCAUAUGUUCAGAUUGUGUGUGUUUUUUAGCACUUCAUUGAGAGUAAAACACAGUCACACAAUGUAAUUAUGUGUAUGUAUGUUACAUGUACACGUGUGAUUGCAUGUCGAGAAUUUUCUAGCAGCUCGUGGAGACUUUAAGCCUUUAAUAGGUGUAUGAAAUUGUGAUGCAACAUUGGAGGCCGCUUGCACUUCUCUGGAAAACUCGUUCUCUCACAUUUCUUAGUCUAGUUCCACAACCACUGACAUGCGCCCCCUAUAGGAAGGGAAAGGAACAGCAGCAUCACUCACAGGUCGGCCACAUUUGCAACCAAUGCCAAAUCAGAUUUCUUUAUAGCUGAUGUUUUCCGUGUGCUUGUGUAUGUUUGUUUGGUUUUGUUUACAUUUAUCAACAGAAUCUGCAUGUUUUUUUUUUAUUUAAAAUCUUUGUAAAUUAAAUUCUAAUUUAUACGUUUGGACUAUCAGAUGAGAGGGCCUAUCCACUCCUCUGGCAGUACGCAUGUAAAUAUAUAUAUUUUUUAAAUCAAAUAUCCAGUAAACGUAGUUGUCUUGUUACUGUUUAUUCACUGUUGGAUCCAUCUGCACACUUGAAACAGCAGCUAUAAAAGUCUGGGGAAAACUGCUGAGUUGAAGCUGUUGCUUUUCUCGCCUGUAGGAAACGCAGGUUGAACUGGAAGGACAAGUGUGAAAGUCUGCGUUCGGAGCCAGGACGUACUGGCCUUUUGAUUUGUUUUUAAUGCUGCGCGUCUCCAGCAGCUUCUAGAACCUGGAAAUUGAUCUGUGGCUCUGAAGAGCGGCUGAUCCCGACUUUAUUGCCGCAGCUGUGAAAGGGUUAAAACAAACACGGCGCAUGGAUUGAAACUGACACGUCCCAUUGGUUGAAACGCAUCCUCUGAUUUCAAUACUGUUAUUUUUGUUUGUUUUAAUUUUGACUUAUCUUCCAAAGGACGCAUGUUCUCCUGUCUCUCAAGGAGGCAGCACUGACCGCCUGCUGUGUACAUAACUGUAGUUUUAGCGACUGUAAAUAUUUGUUUGCUUGUUUUUCUUAUUAUAAUAUUAAUAUUUUUUUCUUUUUUUAACUAAUGGGAUUUUAGAUCAGACUUAUGACGGACAAAUGCCUGUUUAAUUUAGUUUUUUAUAUCAUUGUGUAUGGCAAAUAAUUAAGAACAAGGUUUCUUUUAUCGGUUUGUGCAAAAUACUGCAAUGAAAUAAUAAACUGAUUAAAAAUUAA